GUUGUUUUGCUGAAUGCAUUGGAUCGAAGCUUCAGUUUAAAACAAUGACGUCAAGUUUAUAUGAUGACUUGGAUAUUUUAGACGGAACACCUCUCGAUAAUUUAACAUCAAGCGAGUCGUGUAACAAGUCAGGAAAUGCUCCAUUAGUUGGUUUGCGUGUCACUGCUAACUGGUCGGAAUCUGAUGUAACAUCAUCUAAUCAAUUCAAUGUGAAUGCUUCUUCAGUCAAUUCAAAUUCCAGUUUAAAAUUAAUGCAAUCCCACAUGGCUGUGAAACGUGCUCAGGGUCGACGCCCCGCCACGGAUUCUUCCAAUUCUCAGUGGAGUACUCGCACAACACUAGCCCCAGUGGUCGAUUUAAAACAGCGUGUACCACACGUAGAUGGCUCUUACAGAUUUAAUCAAUUGACUGGACGAUUAGAACGAUGUGUUUCGGGAAGCAGUGGAGGUAAAUCUAAACGUUCGUUGAAAUAUUCCAAUACAGCUAUGACGAAUGGUUUACUAUUUGGUGAACCAAAUCUACCUUUGGGUGUGAUGGAUGAAUAUAAUCCCAUGAUUCCUAAUGAAUAUGAAGAAUUAGCUCGAAUUAAACGUGAACGUAGACGUGCUGAGGAAUCAGCGCUUGCAGACAGACACCAUCGACUGGAUCCAUUUGGCAUGAAUGAUCCUUCCGGAAUGUGUCGUCGUUAUGAGUAUUCAGAUGAAGAAGAUGACGAAGAUACAGAAUAUACUGCAGCUUCCGGUAGGAGUUCUUCACAACCAACAAAGGGUGCUGCUAUUGCACCUCCAUCUGUUUUACUCGAAGAUGUAACUGUUACUCCUGGUUCAAAUGCAUCACAAAACUCUGAAUCGUCGGUUAAUGAUGAUGACCCUGGAGUUAGCACAGCUAGUAGUAAAUUUGGAAUUAAUGUUGUUGCAGCGAAAAUGAUGGCUCGAAUGGGAUAUCGAGAAGGACAAGGUCUAGGUAGAGAAAGUCAAGGAAUGUCCACUGCAUUAGUUGUUGAAAAAACUAGUCGACGUGGUGGCAAGAUAAUUCAUGAAAAAGAUCAACAACGUCAACAAAUCCAAGUCAAUGCUUCUGCUGUUAAUAAUAAUAAUCUACCUAGUUAUUUAAGUGCAAAUGUAGAAGAGACAUUCAAUAAUCUACCACUUCCAGAGAAUCGAAGCUGCGUUAUUCUUCUGCGUAAUAUGUGUGGACCAGGUGAAGUUGAUGAUGAUCUAGAACCCGAAACAGCUGAAGAAUGUGCUAAAUAUGGCAAAGUAGUAAUGUGUAUGAUUUAUGAAUUGCCUGAAGCUCCAGAUGAUGAAGUAGUUCGUAUUUUUGUGGAAUUCGAAUCUGAAGAAGCAGCAACGAAAGCGGUACUCGAUCUAAAUGGCCGAUUUUUCGCUGGACGUGUCGUGAAGGCUGGAUUUUACGAUGCAGAAAAAUUCAGGAAUUUGGAACUCGCCGAUGCGCCAUUGUCUACAUAACUUUCCGUUUCAUUAUGCACAGUAUAUAUAAUUAUUGUCUAGUUAUACAUGUACACGUGUUCUAAUCGACUUCACAAAACACAGUAUACAACUCCCGGAAUGGAGAACUGAUUAAAUGCGGGUUUCUUAAUACAGUACAUUGGGUAAUAACAUAUUCCUCCUAAUUCUAAGUAGAAAUAACAAGAGCACUUUCAUAUAGGGCUCAAAAGUCAGUCACAUACCUACCUUGAGCAAAACUCAAGAUCUUGACAAACUGUUGGUAAAAGUUAUGUUCAAAUUGUAAUAAACUACAUUCUGACAAAGCUUUUGGUCAUGAAAUUUAUUAUUUGCAUAUUGUUCUUGUUACCAGUCUAGGAAAGAUAAUUUGCUGAGGAUAUAAAUUGUAGCUGAGAAUUGAUUCAAAGUCUUUUAUUUAGUUCUGCAUAAUUUUCUCAUUAAUCUUAGUAUGUAUUCUUAUUCAAGCUGUUUAUGUAUUUAGGUGAUUUACUUCAAUAUCCUUAGUGCAUUCGAAAACUUAUUUACGAAAUAUUAUGCUCAACGGGAA